AUGAAAGACACUCUGCGUAAGAAAGCCGCCAAAACCAGUUCAGGCAGCGAGUUCGACGUGGCUUCCCAGCUGGAUGUCACCUCUCAGUCUAGUGAAUCCGUCUCGCCCAAUCCCUGGGCCAGUGAGGCCUCGUCCACCCUGAAUGGUGAAGGCAUUUCUCGCCAGGUAUCCAAGACUUCCAAGACCCCAGAUACCACCUCUCCUAUACGAAGCAUCAUGCCGACUGCCACCAAAGAAGAAGAAUCUGGCUCACCCCCGCCAUCUGCUCCGCGACUGGACAUUCCUGCCGCUGGCGACGCCGCUACCACUGACGACUCUGGAAAACCCACCCGCCGGAGAAAGACCGUCACCAAAACUCCUCACACUUUCGAGCUCGAGGCUGAUCUAACUCCUGUUAAAAAGGAACAGCAGCCUGUCUCUGUACCAGAUGAACCGCCCAGGCCAGACGUCCAAACGCCCGUCCAAACACCCGCCCCCAAAAAGAAAAAACGAGUUUCUCAAGUCGCCCCUCCAGACGCCGCGACCACUCCCACGGUCAUAGUCAAUUCAGUGACAUCCCCUGAUGUUGCAACCCCCUUGUCUUCACCAAAAUCACCGUCCUCUGUUGCACCUCCAUCCGCGUCGAAUCAGGUCCCAGCUCCUUCAGCAACGACUUCUCCCUCUCCCCUCAAACCAAAUGCCUCUUCAACAAUUGCACCCGUAAACCCAUUCACAUCACGAACCAAGAAAUCCCAGUCUAUGUCCUCUGUCCCUCAAAUCUUUGCUUCUAAUCCGUGCCGUUUCACACCACCGCCCCUGCCAAAGGAAUCCUUUCACGGCAAGGUGAUCGUCGUCACCAAUGGCGCCAGUCAAACGGGUCAGUGCCUAAUACGCCAAUUCCACUCGGCCGGCUGCCGCGUGAUCUUUGGCGACACGAAUAGUGACCAGGCUCGCAAAUUCAUCUCCUCCUUAGGCCCGCCGCAUGUAAUUCACUUCAACAAAUGCGACAUGACAAGGUACUCUGACAUGCUGGACCUCUUCAAGCUCGCCAUCACCAUGUACGGCCGGGUCGACCACGCCAUCUUCGGGGUGGGUGAUGAUGGCGGCCAAGCAUGCCCGGUGGGAGCGGGCGAGAAGGGCUGGUUUGAAGACCGAGCCGGGAUCAAUAAGACAGCAAAGAUGGCUUACGACGAGGUCGCGACAGAACCCACGGGGCUGGCAGACAUAAUCACGGCAAGCAUCCGGUUUGCGCGAAUUGCACUGGCGUAUCUGAAAUACUCACCCAAAUCCAAGAGCAGCACCAAGAAACCGAUUGUGAACCCUUAUUCUAAACCGCAACCCGAGCCUCCUGCCUCGCCGGGCAUGCACGACCGCAGUCUGACCUUCCUCACAUCCGUGGCCGCGUUCAAGGAAACUCCGCAGCUGCCCAUCUACCAAGUGACGCAACACUCAAUCCUGGGGCUUGUGCGCAGUCUCUGGACCAACGUCGACCCGGACCCGGAGCGCGACGGCGUGCGCAUCAACGCGGUUGUGACGAAUGUCAUGGUCCCACGCGCCGUCGCCCAGUCCGGCGGCCGGAGCAUGUCAGUGCAGCUGCCGCCCGAUCGGCCUGAGGACGUUGCCCGCGUCGUCGUCGGGGUGGUUGCCACCAACGCGUCCACGCCGGACAUCCACGGUGGAGACGCCACGGGCGGGAGCGGCAUCGCCAGCGGUGGCGGCGUAUGGUAUGAAAAGGGCCACGAGCGGGGUAUGCGCGAGAAGUACCUACAUGGCAGGGUCAUCUAUGCCGUGGGUACGGAGGGUUGGGACGUCCAGGAAGGCAUGGAUCGCAGCGAGGCCGUCUGGUUGGGCCAGAAGCCGGCCGAGGCUCUGAAUCGCAGCAUGGCCGGUGUGAGCCUGGACGGACAAAGUGCUUGGAUCCUGGAUAUGGUCUGA